AGGACAUCUCAUCACGCUAGCAGCUGAAGCGGUGAGGUGAAGGAGCACAAGUCUGCUUCACAGACAGUCAGUCACUGAAGUGAAGCAGUGGCGCGCGGUCACCUCGCUCUCCGUGCGCGCAGAGGCAGCAGCAGCACGUCCACGGAAGCGCACAGGACACACGCGUAACUGAUGGAGCAGAUAGACGACGGAGUGCUCAGCAGCUGCAGCGGAAUAAAGAGCGAGUGCGAGACCACCAUGCGCCUGGAGGAACCGCGCGCUCUGCCAUGCUGAGCAUCUCCCUCGCGCUCCUGCUGGCUCUGACCGCUCCCGCCCUCUGCUCCCACAGCUGGAGCGACGAGGACCUCCUGCUGCCACCCAUCAACUCCUCCGGGAGACUCCUGGCCAGCCUGGAGGUGGAUGUGGGCUACUCGAAGAGGUCCGUGGAGGAGCCCGAAGCCUCCUCGCAGUGCAACGUGAGCGUGGAGAGGCUCCCCACCAAACUCGUGGCGCGCUGGGACAGCAACUUCGGCUUCCAGUGCGACGUGCUCAUGUACACCACCAACAGCCACGGCAAGGCGUUCUUCUCCGCCGCCUUCAACCGGGCGAUCUCGCCGGUCUACAUCGAGCACCUGGGCGUCACGGGCGGCCAGCAGGAGUUCAGGCUGUGCGUGGGAUGCGGUCUGUCCCGGUACCGGAGAUUCAGACGGGGCAGGUCAGAGGGUCAGCAGACGGGCGACUCGGUGCACUUCUGCUGCGUGGAUUUCGCUCUGGACGAGCUGAAGGGGGACCGGAGCUGGAGGCUCAACCGCAAGCCCAUCGAAUCCACUCUGGUGGCGUGCUUCAUGACUUUAGUCAUCAUAAUAUGGAGCGUCGCUGCCCUCAUAUGGCCAGUUCCCAUUAUCGCGGGAUUUCUGCCCAAUGGAAUGGAGCAGAGACGGCAGAGGUAAUAGAACAGGACAGGACAGAAUACAAGUGAGCAUCUAUAGCCUAAUAAAGGAAUCCUAAACUAGCUGAGCUGCCAAACAUCAUACGCUUAUACGCUUAGUGAACUCUUCUCGUGUUUGAAAGUGCUAUUAUAGCUACAUCUCCUGAUGGAUUGAGGUAUUUUAUUAGAUUCCAUUUGUUUUUAUAAAUUGAUUUUAAUAGAAAUGCAUUCUAUGUGAUAUCCAGAUGUCAUUUCAAAUGUUUGUAAUGUUUUUAUCUUACGAUUUCUAGUGUUUAUUUAAAAAAUAUGGAGUAUGUCUCAGGACAAAAAGCUCUUUUGUAAUGUGGGUAAAGACAUUUUGAGAUUAGCUGGUUGUACACCAAUACCAGAACACGGAGAAACCUUCCAGUGUCUUUCGAGAGACUUCUUGUGUUUCUGUUUGUUUGUAAAGAUGAAAGAGAUCCGCACUCGUCCAAAUACAGCUCAAAAGGCUUAUUUCAUUUAUUGCUGGUCACAAAAACAUAUGCAAAGAAGUGCAAAAGUGCAAGUGCAGAACCUCGGUGCCAUGUGCCAAGCAACACAUGCAUCUCAAAUCUAUAACAAAAUACAGCAAAUACAUUUACAAGUCAUCCCAAAUGAUCCAUAUACAACUAUAUCAACAAAAUAUACAUAUAUACCAAUAAAGGAUCUCAUGCCUCCAACACUACUUCUUUUUUUGGAUCUACGCACCUUAUGUUUUUUUGCUAUACUGGAUUUUAAUGGACGAGUGUUUGGCACUACAACAUUUUUUGUGGAUUGUAUUUGUUUGUAUAAAUAAUAAAACGUGAUUAGACAUUUCAUUAAUGUGGAAAACUCUCAAUAGCUUGAGAGACAACGUGACAGGCAAUCCAUUUGUAAAUAAAAAAACGAAUUUGUAUAAGGUUUAUACUUUAUAGACUGUCAUAAUUGUUAUUUGUAGUAGGCCUAUUAAUAAAUGCAUCAAAUAUUC